CCAAAUCCACAACCUUUUCAAAUUCCGUGUCCAAUUAUUGUUUUCCUCUUGGAAAGUUAAGAUUUUGAAGAGGAUAAAGCUUUGAAAUGGCGCUUUCCAUGGAGAAUUUGGGGGCUUCUUUGUCCCAGAGGAGUCUUCUUCUAUCUCCGAGAUCGCCCCUGUUGCGAGCCGCCAGUGAACAGGGCAGGUUCGGGUUUUCCCAGGUCGAGAGGCGGAGGAUUUGCCGGCUUGGGGGAGCCGUGAGGCCUUCAGUGGUGGCGACGAUGGUUCUGAGAGAAAGGACGGUGAGUGCCGAGGCGGAGGAGAAACCGGUGAGGUUUAAGGUCCGCGCAGCGGUGACGGUGAGGAGGAAGAAGAAGGAGGAUCUUAAGGAGACGGUCGCGAGCCAGUUUGAUGCUUUAUUGGACAAGAUGGGUAAAAAUGUUGUCUUGGAGCUCAUCAGCACGAAGAUUGAUCUCAAAACGGGAAAGCCGAAGGCGAGCAGCCGGGCGGAGCUCCGGGGCUGGUCCGAGAAGAAGGCGGCGGCGAAGGCGGAGAGGGCGGUCUACACGGCGGAGUUCGCCGUCGACUCCGAAUUCGGCGAGGCCGGCGCGAUCACGGUGCUCAACUGGCACCACGGUGAGUUCUUCCUGGAGAGCGUCGUGGUCGAGGGCUUCGCCUGCGGCCCCGUUCACUUCCCCUGCAACUCCUGGGUCCAACCCACACGGAUCCACCCUACCAAGCGCAUCUUCUUCAGCAACAAGCCGUAUUUGCCGUCGGAGACGCCAGUCGGGUUGCGCGAGCUCCGGCAGCAGGAGCUCAAGGAGCUGCGCGGAGACGGGAAAGGGCAGAGGAAGCUGACCGACCGAGUGUUCGACUACGACACCUACAACGAUUUGGGCAACCCCAAUAAGGGAAUCGAGUUCGCGAGGCCCACGCUUGGAGGCGAGAAGAGGCCGUACCCGAGAAGAUUGAGGACAGGGCGACCUCCAACAAUCUCAGAUCCAGAAACAGAGAGCAGGGUGGAGGAUCCGCUGCCGACGUACGUGCCGCGCGACGACCGGUUCGAGGAAGGGAAGGUGGAGAUGUUGACGGCGGGAGCGCGGAAGGCCGUGCUCCACAACCUGGUUCCGUUGCUCGUCGCCGGAUUCUGCCCGGAGAGCAACGAGUUCAAGGCGUUCCAUGAAGUGGACAACCUCUUCAAGGAAGGGCUUCGACUGAAGCAGAGUCUGCAGGACCAGCUGUUCCACAAGCUCCCUCUGGUGAGCAAGAUCGAGGAGUCCAGCGACGGUCUCCUCCGAUACGACACCCCUAACAUCAUCACCAAGGACAAGUUCGCGUGGCUGCGGGACGAUGAGUUCGCUCGUCAAACACUUGCAGGGAUUAACCCAGUCAACAUACAAAAGCUUCAGGCGUUUCCUCCCGUGAGUGAACUAGAUCCUGCCGUGUACGGGCCUCGAGAAUCCUCCAUUGAAGAAGAACACAUCGUCAGCCACCUCGAAGGCAUGUCCGUUCAACAGGCACUGGAGGAGGAGAAGCUAUUUCUGUUGGAUUUUCACGACGCGUACCUCCCUUUCCUUGACCGGAUCAAUGCGCAAGACGGGCGGAAAGCUUACGGCACGCGCACCCUCUUCUUCCUCACCAAGCUGGGGACGCUCAAGCCCAUCGCCAUCGAGCUCAGCCUGCCGCCGGUGCGGCCCGGCGAUCCCCAGGCCAACCGAGUCCUCACUCCGCCCACCGACGCUACCAGCAACUGGCUCUGGCAGCUGGCCAAGGCCCACGUCUGCUCCAACGACGCCGGCGUCCACCAACUCGUAAACCAUUGGUUGAAGACGCACGCGUGCAUGGAGCCGUUCAUCGUGGCAGCGCACCGGCAACUAAGCGCGAUGCACCCGGUGUUCAAGUUGUUGAAGCCCCACAUGAGGUACACAUUGCACGUCAACUCCCUCGCUCGCCAAAUCCUCAUCAGCGGUGGCGGCGUCAUCGAAUCGGGCUUCACCCCCGGCCGUGUUGGCCUGGAGAUUAGCGCCGCUGCCUACCGCGACCACUGGCGCAUCGACCACGAAGGCCUCCCCGCCGAUCUCCUUCGACGGGGCAUGGCGGUGGAGGACGAUACGCAGCCGCACGGGCUGAGGCUGGUGAUCGAGGACUACCCGUACGCCGCUGACGGGCUUCUCCUAUGGUCGGCGAUCGAGAGGUGGGUGGAGAAGUACGUGGCGGCGUACUACAUGGACGCGGAGUCGGUACGGUCAGACUGGGAGCUGCAGAGCUGGUACGCGGAGGCCGUCGGCGUCGGGCAUGCCGACAAGCGCGACGCGCCCUGGUGGCCGAAGUUGGCGAGUACCGGAGAACUGAGCUCCUUCCUCACCACCCUUAUCUGGCUCUGCUCCGCUCAGCACGCCUCCCUCAACUUCGGGCAGUACCCGCUGGGCGGGUACAUCCCCAAUAGGCCUCCCUUAAUGCGCCGCCUGGUGCCUGCCGUGGGGAACCCGGAGUACGAGUACUUCCGGAGCGACCCGGCACGUUACUUCCUCGCGUCGCUCCCGUCUCUGACGCAGGCGACGACGUUCAUGACGGUGAUCGACACGCUGUCGACGCACUCGGCGGACGAGGAGUACCUCGGGGAGCGCCCCGAUCCGUACACGUGGACGGCCGAUGGGGACAUGGUCGAGGCGUUCCACGAUUUCGCUGCGGAGGUGAGGCGGGCGGAGGCGGAGAUCGUGCAGCGGAACGCCGACCCGGCGAGGCGAAAUAGGUGCGGCGCCGGCGUGCUUCCGUACGAGUUACUGGCGCCGAGUUCGGGACCCGGGAUCACGUGCCGAGGAGUGCCCAACAGCGUCACCAUCUGAACUCAUCUCCAUUCAUUAUAAUAUAUAUUUUGAUUAUCAUGAGUAAAAAUUGUAUAAAAAGGAUUUUUGCCCCUUAAAAAAUUAUGAAAAUUACUUGAAUUUCAUGUAAAUAAUUAGAUAUUUACCGUGUAUUAAUUUGCUUA